AUGAAAAGCGCGGAGCGGGAAAGCAACGAGAAAAACGAACCGAGAGACACGGGCAACUGCAGCUCGAACGGGAAGGACAAGAAGGAAAAGCAGAUUCAGAAGCAGGAAGAGGAGAAGAAGAGGGACGCACGAAAGAAAACCAAACACUGCACAGACGAACUGUGCGAAAUCCUCUCCUCCGAUGACAACAACGAACAAAUUGAACAAGACACGGACAACUUUAUUAUAGUAGAGCUCAUUUCAUACAUCGGUGGAAACUCCAAAAUUAUGACUUACUAUCCGAGCACCCGUGGGAGCAGAUCUGGGCAGAACAAGUACCUCCACCACUUUUACAGCAAAAAGAGGAUCAAGCUGUAUCUGUGUCUCCACAAAAGGAGCAACGAGAUUUAUAUAUACGAGGUGGAGUCUAGGAAGGUCAGGAGGAGAGAGACACCCCCAGGCAAUGGUACCUCUGCAGCUCCCGUUUCAGCCGCCAUCCCUGUCCAUCGAGAGGAGAUGAGGAAAGCCAGUGCAUUUCUGCACAUCGCAAAAGUCAAAAAUGAGCCACAAGGCGAUGCACCCUCACCUCCUAAUGACGAGCAUAACCCCAUCAUCAACGAAUCCACCUCGUCCUGCAAGGAAGAACCAGCCGAUGAUAGCAAAGCAGGGAAGUACAAAAUAAAAGUGGAAGAUAAAUCGACAGCAAUGCUGAGUGAAAACCCUAACUUGAGAGAAAGAGGCACCAAAAAAAUCGUUGUCACCAAACUGUUUGAUAGCGUACACUGCAGCUACGACUUGUCCAACAUCGAAUUCACAAAAUUGAAUAAUCCAGAUGAUAAAACGUUAAACUCUUUGAGAACCAUUUUGGAACAGAAGAUUAACAAAGGUGAGAGGAGGGUAUCCGAUGCGGGGCAUUCCCAGGAGGGGACCCCACUGGAAGAGACCUCCCAAAAAGGGGACGCCCAAAUGGACAGAUCCACUGUUGAUACCGUUCCGAAGGGCACUCCGCCUAGUGAUCAUUCCUGCGCAAGAACAGAGGAGGCGGGAAAAAAUGUGACCUGUUCAGGAGAAAACGAUAAUGCAAGUGAUAGCCAAGUUAAAAUCCUCUUUCUUCUUUUUCGCGAGCCAGCAAACAUAUACAUGAACCAGUUUGCGGCUUUCGAUCGAGGCAACGACGAAACCUGCACGAAGGAAAUUAACGGGUUCCUGAACGACGGCCAGCACUGGCACCUCGAACUGGAGUGCGCAAAAGCUAAACGAACAAACAACUACGGAUCACAAAUCAAGCAAAUCACACACGACCAAGUUGCACAAAGCUUUCUACAGACUUACGAAAGUGACGUAAGCAUUUACAGCAACGACGUCUAUUUCAGCGACACACAAGUUGUCACAAGAGAAGACGAACUCGACAUGAAUGAGAAAAAAAAAAAAAAAAGCUUUCCGGUGUUCACUCGAAGCCAUUUAAAAAUUAAGUGGCUUCUACUCAACUUGAAUUUAACAAAAGAUGAAGAAGUGGUCAUACAAAAAUAUGUACUGUUGAAGAAAGCCAACAUUCUGAGAUCCACCAAGUCUACCCAUGAUUCGGACGACCUGCACUCCAGUUUUUACAAAACGAAGAAGUCCAACCGGGAGCAGAGAAAAGCACGUAGGGAAGAAUCUCACUUGCUUAAGGGAGACACCACUUGGAAUGGGAAACCCUACUCCACGCGUAGUACGCGAAAGGGUAACUCUCGAGCCAGUCAACAGAACAAAACCAAGGCGGAAAGAAGCGACAGCAAGGAACCACACCAAACUCAACUAACCAUGAAUGAUCGAGACGAGAACUACCAGAGUGAGAACACUAUAAAGGAAAAACUAAAGGGGAGAGACAACAAAUUAAUAUUCACGUUUAAGUUAGAAGAUGACGCCGUGAAGACCAGACAGGCUGGCGACCUCCAGCAUGAACAUGUCUCAGUGGAGGACAAAAUGUCAUGCCAGGGGGAGGAGAUAAACAUGGGAAACCAAAACGAAGAUGCUGCGGAGGUUGAUCCUGCUGUACGCGAAUCGGAUGCCUCUGUUGAGCCAGUUUUAUACCACCACACUGCUGUUCAUUCCACUUUUCACGAUGAAGACAACCAAUUUGUCCCCAGCGAUGGGACCUCGAAGGGGAAAGCCUACCUCCACGACGACGCUAGCACCUGCCAGGAAACCAGCCGCUCCUCCAGAAUAUGUUCAUCUUACUCCUACCUCGACCAAUGCUCUCAAGCAUUAGGCGAACCGGAUACCGACAACAACGAGGAAGAUACCAAAAAGGGCAGGAAAAGAAAAAUAGAUCAAGUGGAAAAUGCUAACGAGAUGCAACAUAGAGAGAAAAAAAGUCUACAUCUUGUGUCGGAGAGGGAAGGAGAUGAUGAUACCUUUCCUGAGGUCCGAAAUGGCGAAUUGGUGAACGUGAGCGAUACGUCCAACGGGACGUCAAGCAGUGCAUCAAAUGAUGGAUCAAACGAGGCGUCAAACAAGGCGUCAAAUGACCCAUCAAAUGAUGCAUCGGACGAUAUUCCGAACGAGCAUUCGAACGACACCCUUGCGAGUGGCUCCGGACAAAACGACUCCGGCAACUCCAACGUCAGCUACCUCUCCGAGACCGACCCCAGGUAUAGGCGGUGCGGCGAGCUGCAGAGCAGCGCGAGCGAAGCGAUGAACGGCUCCGUAACGCUGCAGUGCGAUGGGUUUGUCGGCAGCUUUGUCGACUGCACCGACGGGGAGGGCCGCCUCAAAGGGGAUGUUUGCCGCGCCGACCACGAAGGGGUUAGCGGUGAGAGUGGUAGAAGCGGUGGGAGUGGUAGGAGCGGCGGGAGUGGCGUAAGUGGGGACCGCCCCGAUGACCACCCCCCUCGCUGUGACGGGGAAAGACCAGAGGAGACCACCCAGAACAGCGUGCGCAACGAAGGUGGCGAAGGUGGCAGCGGCCAGGAUGGCCAAGAAGGCCAAGAAGGCCAAAAGGGCCAACACCGCCGAGACAGACAGGACGACCAAGAGGCGCUCUUCUUCAAGUACAAAGUGAGAAGCCUCUUCGACAUCAUCAAAGUCAUAUGUUGCAAUUUUACGAGGCACUUCAAAUACACCAGCAAGCUAAACUUCUACAUAACGACAUUCUUAAAUUUCUCCAAAAUCGAAAAGACCAAACUUCAGUUCAUGCGGAAGGAGAAAAUAGUCGACACCCAACUGCUCAAAAUGUAUAUCAACAAAAAAACGGAAGACGUUAACAACGCUUGGAAGAUCAACACAUACAAAAUGGACCGACACAAUCUCUUCCGUCUGGACAAAUUUAAAUAUAUUGAUGAUUCGAUUAUCGAUUUUUUUCACAACUAUAUCCAUUCCUUUGUUCUAAAAAAUCACAAGAGGAAGAAAGACGACAUCUACAUUUUCAACACCUUCUUUUAUAAAAAAAUCGAAUUGUAUGAAGAUUCCUGCAAGGCGUAUAUGAACACAAACAGGUGGAUUCAGAAGCUCGAUAAGAAGGUCUACGAAUAUACCUACGUGUUUGUUCCCAUCAACAUCAGCAACACGCACUGGUCCCUCGUGUUGCUGUACUUCCCCUUUAACGACAAGCAGGGCGGGGGAGAAGAGGAACAACAGGGAGGAGAACAAGCAGAAGAAGAACAAGAAAGAGAAGCAGUAGAAGGAGAAGAAAAGAAAAACUCCCCCAAGAGCAGCACGCCCAGUGAGUGCAGCCAACCCAGGGGAAAAAACACACACCCGGACCAUCUACAUGCAACGUUUAGGAGCACAUCCUUCGAGUCGUACUUUUCCAAAACGGGGGACGCCCUCUCCAAAUCGAGUCUGCCAAAGAAUCACACCGCUCUUUUGAGCAAUUAUCUUCAAGGAGAAGACAAUCCGGAUCAUCCUCAUGAGAAGAAACAAGGACCCUCCUGCAAGAAUGAAAAAAGUUCCAGUGAUUAUGGUGAUCAUCACACAGUGGCAAUCCCCCCACAGGAAAACAUGACGAUUCUUUUGACGGACACAGAUAAAACGGGUUCUACCAGAACCUUCAACGACACUUCAAGCAAAGCGAAGGAUCAACAGAAAAAUGAAAACGUUAAAGUGGCCUACAUGAUUUACCUCGACUCGCUCUUCCCCUCCAUCAGGGGAAAUAAAAUUCUGCACAAGUUGAAGAAGUACCUGGAGCACAUGCUGCAGCGGGACUACGCAAUUCCCACGGAGAGGGCAGCGACACCAGGGCUAGCCACAACACCAGGGGAAGUAGGGGCAGCCCCCACCGCUACCGUAAACAAUACCACGAACGUUACCGCCAACUCUACCGCGAACGCUACCACUUCCCCCCCCCCGCGGAUUUUCUUCAAAUUCGUAUACCCGAACGUUAUCCCCAAGCAAACCAACACUUACGAUUGCGGCAUUUACAUCAUCCAGUUCGUUCUGCAUUUGUGUCUGAACAAGCACCUGGUCGAAAGUGAGCUGAUCAAGUCGUGUUGGGAGCAGGGGAAGAGCAGCCCUGCCGAUAACCGCUUUCGCAUCAGCCUUCACAACCACAGGCGCGAUGCCGGGGGUUGCCACUCGAGGCCAUGUAUGGGAAAGCCCAUCCCGUGGUUCUCCCCCAAGGAUAUCAGCUUGAAGCGCAAGCAAAUGAAGAAGAUGCUCCUCUACAUGAAGAAUGUCGUCGACUGGAAAUCGGACAGACACGUCCAGACCCUCAAUUUGCUUUUUUUGAAGAGUCACAGUAUGGAGGCUACGAAGGCCAAAGUGGAAGACUCCUCUGUGUGA